AUUAGCAACGCAGUGAUAGGUAGAAGAAGUGAAGAAGUGAAGAAGAUAAAAAUAAAAGUAAAUAAAUAAAAGAAAUAGUAGACAGUAACACGCGCAGAGCUAUAACUUCGCUCAACUGGACCAGAAGAUUGCUUCCACAUUGAAACAGUCUCCUCUUGUUCUUCUUCAACUCUUCAGCAGAAUCCAAUGGAUUCUGCAAUCUCCGUCACUACACCGGCGCAGAUGGCACUCUUCAAGGCUCUCCACCGCCACUUCGCCGCCACGGCUCCUCAUCGCCUUCCUCUUCUCCGCCGCAGCCUCAAAUGCGCAGUCAAUUCCUACGCCUCCCGCCACAUUCCGAGCUCACCCGCGGUUUUCAGUUUCUCGCCGUCGCUCAGUGCCUUCCGCGUGCUGCUUCCGCCGCGACCUCCGUGCCGUUUACGGUGCGUUUCAAGCUCCGUCGCUUCCUUCGCUUCUGAAGCCGGCGGCGGAGGCUUCGGCGGAGCCGGAACUGGCGGCGAAGGAGGAGGAGGAGGCGGCGGCGGCGAGUCUGGAGACGGUAGCGUGAAGUUAGUUGGAGACGCAGCUCAGGAGGUUUCGGCGCUUUCGCCUGAUGUGAUCAUUCUCGAUGUUUCGGGAAUGACGUGCGGUGGAUGUGCUGCGACUGUAAAGAGGAUUCUGGAAAGUCGUCCCCAAGUGUCAUCUGCUAGUGUGAAUCUAACUACAGAGACAGCAAUAGUUUGGCCUGUAUCUGAAGCGAAAAAAGCACCAAAUUGGCAGAAGCAUUUAGGGGAGGCACUUGCAGAGCAUUUGACUAACUGUGGAUAUAGCUCCAGCCUUCGAGAUUCGGGAAGAGACAAUUUCAUCCAAAUUUUUGAAAGAAAGAUGGAGGAAAAGCGCAAACAAUUAAGACAAAGUGGUCGCGAGCUAGCUGUUUCUUGGGCUCUUUGUGCUGUUUGUCUUGUUGGCCAUCUCUCUCAUUUCUUUGCAGCUAGGGCACCGUGGAUUCAUGCAUUUCAUUCUGUUGGAUUUCAUGUGUCACUGUCUUUGUUUACAUUGCUUGGUCCUGGUCGCCAGCUUAUCUUAGAUGGACUAAAAAGCCUUCUUAAAGGGGCACCAAACAUGAACACCUUAGUUGGUCUUGGGGCCUUGUCAUCAUUUACAGUCAGUUCAUUUGCUACGCUGCUACCAAAAUUGGGUUGGAAAGCUUUCUUUGAGGAACCAAUUAUGCUGAUUGCAUUUGUCUUGUUAGGAAGGAAUCUUGAGCAGAGAGCAAAAAUUAAAGCAACAAGUGAUAUGACAGGACUUCUUAGUUUACUACCAUCAAAAGCCCGCCUUCUUGUUAAUAAUGGGAAAACAGAAGUUGACUCAAUUGUUGAAGUUCCUUCUGACAGUCUUUCUGUGGGAGACCAAAUUAUUGUGUUGCCUGGAGAUCGUAUCCCAGCAGAUGGAAUUGUCAGAUCUGGUAGAAGCACUGUAGAUGAGUCAAGUUUCACCGGUGAGCCACUUCCAGUAACAAAAUUACCAGGGAGUGAUGUUGCAGCUGGAAGUAUAAAUCUUAAUGGAACUCUCACAAUGGAAGUAAGGAGACCAGGCGGUGAGACUGCUAUGGGGGACAUUGUACGUCUCGUUGAAGAGGCACAAAGCAGGGAAGCUCCAGUACAGAGAUUGGCUGAUAAGGUGGCUGGACACUUCACUUAUGGGGUGAUGGCAGUCUCUUUCACCACUUUUACAUUUUGGAGUCUAUUUGGCAAACAUGUUUUACCUACUGCUUUAUACCAAGGAAGUGCAGUUUCAUUGGCUCUGCAGCUUGCUUGCAGUGUUCUGGUUAUUGCUUGUCCAUGUGCACUCGGAUUAGCCACACCUACUGCUGUGCUGGUUGGAACUUCUUUGGGGGCUACAAGAGGUUUGCUGUUGCGUGGUGGAAACAUUCUAGAGAAGUUUGCCAUGGUAGAUACAGUUGUAUUUGACAAAACAGGAACCCUUACAGUUGGUCGACCUGUUGUGACAAAGGUUAUUGCUCCUUCAUGUGAACAAAAUGCAAAUUCAAGCCAAGCAGAAGAGAAUACAUGGUCUGAUGUCGAAGUUUUGAGGUUAGCAGCUGCGGUAGAAUCGAAUUCAGUACAUCCAGUUGGGAAAGCUAUUGUGGAUGCUGCUCAGAAAGUUAAUUGUACUAACGCUAAGGUUGCAGAUGGAACAUUCCUUGAAGAACCUGGUUCUGGUGCAGUAGCAACUGUUGAUAACAAAAAGGUCUCUGUUGGGACAUUGGAUUGGAUCACCAGGCAUGGGGUUAGCAGCAAGAUACAUCAAGAAUUGGAGGAUUUUAAAAAUCAAUCUGUUGUCUAUGUUGGAGUAAAUGAUACUCUAGCUGGCCUUAUUUAUUUUGAAGAUGAGAUAAGGGAAGAUGCAAAACACGUUGUUGAUCAAUUGUCUAAGCAAGGUAUUGGAGUAUACAUGCUGUCUGGAGACAAAAGGAAUGCAGCUGAGCAUGUUGCAUCCCUUGUUGGAAUCUCUAAAGAGAAGGUUCUAUCUGGAGUGAAACCAGAUGGGAAAAAGAAGUUCAUAAAUGAACUACAGAAAGAUCAGAAGAUUGUAGCUAUGGUUGGUGAUGGAAUUAAUGAUGCAGCUGCCCUGGCCUCUUCACAUAUUGGUAUCGCAUUAGGUGGAGGUGUUGGAGCUGCUAGUGAGGUGUCUUCUAUUGUAUUGAUGCGCAACCAGCUCUCACAGUUAGUUGAUGCUUUGGAGCUCAGCAGGCUAACCAUGAAUACUGUAAAACAAAAUCUUUGGUGGGCCUUCAUAUACAACAUUGUAGGGAUUCCAAUUGCUGCUGGAGUGUUAUUCCCUAUAAAUGGAACCAUGCUGACUCCAUCAAUUGCUGGGGCUCUCAUGGGGUUGAGUUCCAUCGGUGUAAUGACCAACUCGUUACUUUUAAGAUUCAGAUUUUCUGCAAAGCAGAAACAAAUACAUGGCAUGUUGCCGAAGACCAAAAUCUAUGCAGAUUCUGACCUGGAAAACCAAAACCAGAAACUGAAAUACCGGUAUUAGAUGUUAGGAGGCUCCUCCUAAUAGCAUAGAAACGAGGUUCCCCAUCCUGAUGUCAGGUUAAGUAGAGCAUGCUAGGUAUAUGCCUCAUAAAUUCUAACCUUUGAUCUUUGCCAUCACAAUGGUGGGGACACCACCCUAAUUUAUAUAAUGUAUAAUUGGAGGAUAUGAAAACAAUUUUUUAUUUGAACUAAAUAAAAUAAAUUCCAUAACCAUUUUGGGUC